UCUCUGUCCCUCUUUCUGAAACCCUAACGCCAUCGAUUUCCACCCCUCAUAGAACCCAAAGGGACCUGAAAAUCUCAUCCCUCCAUCCCAGACCGUUGAUCGCCUGAUCGAUUGGUAAAACGAGAUGGGAGGGCACGGCGGCCUCAAUAUCCUCCCUCAGAAGCGCUGGAACGUCUACAACUACGAGAACCGAGAGAAGGUCCGUCUCGACGAAGAAUCCGCCGCCCGAGAGGAGCAGCUUAAACGCGAGCAGUCCCGCAAGCGCGACGCCGAGUUCCGCCUCGAGUGCCUCCGCCAGGCCCGCGGCAUUCACCAUCAGGACGCUGCCCAACCGUCCACUGCUGACGAAGCGAGCCCCUCCGACUCAAAGCACACUGACGAACCGAUUCCCUCCGACUCAAAGCACAUCAAUCUCUUCGAAGGUCUGAAAAUUUUCCCAGCCUUUGGAGGAGAAGAAGAAGAAAGUAACACUGUUCGAAGAAAUGCCCCAAAGAAGCAGAAGAGGGAAGAGAAGGAUGCAGCUGCUGCCAAAGUCGUGUUGCCAGAAGACGAGAAGUAUAGGCUUGGGUAUGGUGUUGCUGGGAAAGGUGUGAAGGCGCCAUGGUACCUUUCUAGACCGUCGGAUGGUGCAGACACGGCAGCUCGCGAUGGAGAUGCUGCUGCCUCUGGUUCGGAGCGGGGGUAUAGUGGUAAGAAGUCUGGGGGGAAGAAGACAUUGGAGGAAUUGAGAGAGGAGAGGAUGAAGAGAGAGAGGCGGGAGAAAGAGAGGGAGCGGGCACUAGUUUUGGGGAAGAACGGCAGAGGUGGAUCAGCAAGGAGCAGCAGAUUAUCCAGGGACUCUUUUAGAUGAGAAGGUUGUUGCAGGUGGCAUGUUUGCACAAAUGGCUUGUUGGGUUUCAGCCCAUCUUUCCAUUGGAUGUUGUGGAUAUGGUAAGUCAUGUUUUCUGCUCAAUCGUAUAUUGAUUAUUGCCACAGAUGGCCAGUACUGAAUGUUUUUCUUCCCCACUGUCAUCUUGAUCUGAAGGUGGAGAUCAGAUACUGGAGGAAACUAUUUUGUAAUAUUUUCUUAACAAAUGAGUUUUUUUUUUCUUCUUCCUCUACUUCUCCUGUUCAUCUUCGACUUUGUCUUUAGAGAGAUUUAUCAGAUGAAAUCUUUUGUAACAUUUCCACAAUACUAGAUGUGGAGCAUUAAAUGUGUUCUAUUUUGUAAAGUGAAAUUAUAUGGUAGGAUUUGUCA